CACGGCAAAACAGCCGAAAAGAAGAGGCACGAGAAAACAAAAUUUAAUAAUCAAAAUAAUAGUUCAAUGCGAAUGUGGAAUAUUGGAUGGGGGAGUCGGUGUGUAUUUUGAAUCGAGUGUAAAAGGACGGCGAAAAUUACUCUACCAGCAACAACAACACAACAGAAGUAGCGUAGUAGCGAAAGGCGUGCAAAGCAGAAGUAGUAGUAGUAGUGGCAGAGUAACGGCUUCGCGUGUGUGUGAGUGUGUGUGCAAUGUGCUUAGCACCACGCAUGGAGGAGGACGACGACGACAGAAGAGCAGCAGACUCGAUGCAAAAUUGAAAUUAAAUUUCCACAAAUUUUAUGCACGCGACGUGUGUCGGCCCCAAUACUCGGAAACAAACGGGAAACGGAGUCUUUACGCUGGCACUACACUUCGGCAGCAAUUGGAAAUUUGCAUCUAUUGACGAGAAGGAAUAAUGAAUCGAUGACUGUUGGCUGCUGCUGCUUCUGCUGAAACCGGCCACAUCUGCCAGCUGUCUCGUGUGUCUUAUGUGUGUCCUGCGUAUAUUCCGUCUCCAGUGUCUGGCCCCAGCAGGAGUCAAGUGUGCCCCAAAGUCGAGUCCAACAUUGUUGUUUGCCUGAGGCGGUCGAACCCAACCAAAUCCAACCCCAAAGGGUCGGAGUCCAACCGAAGCUUUGCCUGCGGCUCAGCCUGCGCAGCUCCAACAAUUGAGCAAUUGAGAGCGCGUUAGUGAUUGGGAGAGCGGAUUGCGCGAGAGUGUGAACAAACAGUUCGAGCUAUAAAAGGAAACGCCGUCGGCUGGCUGGUGUUUUUUUGUUGCUCGCUUGCGGCCUGGACUCGCCUGGCUCUCCACAGUGGAAGGAAGUGGAGCAGCAAGAGGAGGGGAGCACAGAGCCGACACGGAAGUGGUGACAUCUGUUUUUGCCGCUUUGUCAGUGUUAUCCGGCUGCCAAAAGCCGAAGCCGAAGCUGCAGUAGCCGACCGAGCACCCGAGCACGAGGCGACACGAACACAAGUGUGGAAAUUGGAAUUUUUAUUCAAAACAAUGCCCCUGCUGCAACAGUACGACACACCCGACUGCUCUUCUGGAACUAGGGACAGUGGCAACAUGCGCGCCUUGAGCGGCCUUGAGUCCGGUUCCGCGGACCUGCUGCAAAAGCACUCGACGAUCAACUCUCUGCUCGAACACCACCAACAGCAGCAGCAUCAACAGCAGCAGCAGCUGCAGCUGCAACACCACCAGAAGCAACAGCAACAACUGAAGCAGCAACAGCAGCAGCUACAGCCACACGAUCUGCUGGGCAGACGAAGCACCGACGAUGGACUGAUAUCAUUCAUAAACGAUCCCAUCACACUCAGCGAUCUACUGGGACUUUGCAGCACCACAACUGGAGGAACUGGAACAGGCACAGGAGCGGGAGCCUUAGACGGAGGAGGAGGAGGCGGAGGAUUGGCCACUGCCCAAGCCAGCAAUCAGAAACAGAAUCAAAACCAGAGCCAGAACCAGAUCCAGAGCAACGGAGACAACGGCAUCAGCAGUGGCAGCACGAAUCGUCUGAAUGCCGCUACUACUGCCGUUGCCGCCGCCUCUGGCGAUGGUGUGGGCGUUGGCGUUGGUGUCCAACUGUCGGCCAAUGCGGCCAUCUACUCCCCCCUGACGCCCAGCUCCACGCAAUCCUCGGCCUCGCCAGGCACCACCAAGUCGAAUUUCGACUACUUUCAGUUUGAAAAUGUUGCACAAAGUAACCCACUUAAGGCUUUCCAAAGAACAAACAUCAGCUUCGAUUGCUCUGCACCUUUAUCGCCAAGUACGCCUUCAUCUAUUUACAAUCGCUCCUUUCACAGUUCACCUUUGGUCAGCGACAGCAGCAAUUCCUCCAGCGGCAACGGCCUGUCAACAGACUCGAUCAACAUGCUCUACCAGCAGCAGCGCCAGGAGCCGCAGGGCUUCUCAGGCAGCGGCCUGGGACUGAACCUCCAGAAUGCCUCCACGCGCUCCAACACGCCCGAGAGCCAGAACAGCAACCAGUCGAUCAAUGAACCCAAUCUACUGGACAUGAUUAACCUGCUGUCUGUGAAUAGCAACCGACUGGCAACCAUGCAGCAGCAGCAGCACCACCAGCAGCAGCAGCAGCUCCACCAGCAACAGCAGGUCCAGCAGCAGCUGCAGCAGCAGUACGCGAACCUCAACAGGAACUACGAGCAGCAGCUGUCCGGCAAUGGGAGCCAGCACAAUUUCGACCUGAACGGAGACCUCAAUCAGUGCGGACUGGAUAACUUUGCCAGCGUGGACAUGGAGCUGGCAAAACUGCAGAAUCUGCAGCGCAUCAACACGCUGAAACUGCUGCAGGCACAGACGCAGCAGAUGCCGCUGCUCAGUCAGCUGCUGCAGAGCUAUGCCGGGAACAUUCCUGCUGCGACCAAUGCAGCCAGCAGCCUGACCAAUCUCGGAGGAGCGGCGAAUGGAUUUGGGCCCAACCUCACGGGGCAGGACGUUGGCAGUACCAACGAUGGGCAUCUGGAUCGCGUGGCCAAGUUCCAUAGGAGCUCCGCGGCCCUGUACGAUGCCACCUGCACCUGGAGCGGACAGUUGCCGCCACGAUCGCACCGAAUGCUCAACUAUUCCCCAAAGGUCUUCCUGGGCGGCAUACCCUGGGACAUCAGUGAACAGUCGCUCAUUCAGAUAUUCAAGCCAUUCGGCUCUAUCAAAGUGGAAUGGCCUGGCAAGGAGCAGCAGGCUGCACAGCCCAAAGGCUAUGUCUACAUCAUCUUUGAGUCGGACAAACAGGUGAAGGCCUUGCUCUCGGCCUGCGUGGUCCAAAUGGACGAUGCGCACAGCGGCAGCAACUACUACUUUAAGAUCUCAUCGCGUCGCAUCAAGUCCAAGGAUGUUGAGGUCAUUCCCUGGAUCAUAGCCGACUCAAAUUUUGUGCGCUCUAGCUCCCAGAAGUUGGACCCCACAAAGACCGUUUUCGUGGGCGCCCUACAUGGAAAACUGACUGCAGAGGGCCUGGGCAAAAUCAUGGACGAUCUCUUCGAUGGGGUGCUGUAUGCGGGCAUCGACACGGACAAGUACAAGUAUCCGAUUGGGUCGGGACGAGUGACUUUCAGCAACUUUCGCUCCUACAUGAAGGCCGUUUCGGCCGCCUUCAUCGAGAUACGCACCACGAAGUUCACCAAGAAGGUGCAGGUGGAUCCGUACUUGGAGGAUGCCUUGUGCUCGAUAUGCGGCGUGCAGCAUGGCCCCUACUAUUGUCGGGAGCUCUCCUGCUUCCGAUACUUUUGUCGCAGUUGCUGGCAAUGGCAGCACAGCUGUGACAUUGUGAAGAACCACAAGCCCUUGACGCGCAACAGCAAGUCGCAGGCUCUGGUGGGCAUUGGCCCCGCCUCGUCGACAGUCUCGCUGGCUUCCUCCAAUCACAGCAACACCAAUGCAGAGCACAAGAUGCCGCAGCAGCAACAUAACCAUCACCAUCAUCAUCAACAGCUGCAUCACAACCAGAGCCACCACAACCUCCACCAGCAGCAGCAACAACAGCAGAAGCAUCACCAGGUCAAUCAUCAUGGCAAUCUUCAUCAGUCGCAGUCGCAGUCCGGAGGAGGAGGCUAUGGGCUCCUGGGCAAUGCUGGAGCCGCCGCCAAUGCCACGGCCACUUCGUUGUACAACUUCCAGCAGCAGCAGCUCCAGCAACAGCAGCAACACCAGGCGAUCUAAAGACAUCCUCCCAUCUUUUAAGCGUACCGUUUUAACGUGCUUCCGAUACAGCGUUGAGCGUAGAUCGCAAGCAGAGAACAGCGCACUCAUUGCAAACGACACGGACAGAGAUACAGAGUUUUAUUGAUGUGUAUAAAUAUAUAUGUAGAACAACGGUACGAA